AUGGUUCUUGGUGCUCACACAACACUCAAGUCAAUGAAACUCAGUGUCACCCUCAAAUACCCACUCGUCGACUUGGGUCUCACCAAAUUCCUAUCAUUGACAGAGCUAAUAUUCGUCAAUUACUUGGUGUCAAAUGUUGGGCCUGGUCUAUUGCCAACUAGUCUGACUUCUCUUACUAUACGACUACUAGAUAUACCUCCAAGAGAUACAUUCCUCUCAUUGACAUUGCUCGUCCAUCUCGAGAUCCAAGUCCAUAGAGAAUCAAUUGAUCCAAAUCGAGAUGAAUUCAUCGAUCUUGAGGAUCUACCUAACCUCAAGACUCUCAUCUUUGAUGGUGACAAUGACAUAGUUUCAGAGGGUGACAACCAACCAAUCACUGGGAUUAGUGUACCUAUGUCACUCAAGAUUCUCAAGCUUCGAUGCAAUCGUUCACAAAUCCCAUCUCGUUGUGUCAUGCCACUAUUGGAGAAAUUGUAUGUGAAUCAAAUUGUAUUCCCACCAACACUUACACAUCUAUCAAUCAUGGGACUUUACGAACCUAUCCAACUACCAGAAUCUCUUGUUAAAUUAAAACAAAUGAUUAAUCAAGCUUCAAUACCUCGACAAUUGAAAAAGCUUGUCUGGGCCAAUCCGCACAUUGGCUGGGAAACCAACAAAUCACAAUUAAAGUUACCAUCCUCCAAUGACUAUCCACCCAAUCUUGAAACACUCAACUUGAAUGGCAUUGAAGAUGACUUUAAGUUUGAAGUACCACAAACCAUCAAAUAUCUAUCCAUAUCAUUGACACAUGGCCAUAACCUGAUGCCAUACAACCAGCAACCUCUUUCAAUCUUUUCAAUCAGUUCAAAGAUCAUCACCAUCUCUCAACAACAACAACAACAACAACAACAAUGGCUACCACACAACACCACACAUCUAACUUGUGACAUUAGGUCUCUGUUCCCGGCACUAUUUAGAUUGGAUGAAGUGAUCAACCACACCAAUGUUAGUACUUUACAUCUCUCUAAUCCACAUUUUCUUUUUAAUUUUACAAUUCAAAGAUUGGAUGCAGACAAUAGAAAUGUAUUGGUAUUUGAAAGCCAGUUUCUUAUUGGUGGAAUCAUCACUCAGCAAAGAAAAACAAAUAGUCAACAAUAUGAUCCCAUUUAUGUAUACCUAGACCCUCUCCCAAGUUCUUCAUCUCCAUUUGAAUUGAGGAUUUACAAUCAAACUUUAGUAGAUACUUUAGUCUUAAGUAAAGAAUAA